AAAACCAAAAGUACUCACUGAAUACGCCAAAAGCUGGAGUCAGAGUCAGACGCUUGAUUAAUUUGAACAUCUCUACGACUUUGCAUAUAAGUGUAUGUGGACUGCAUUUUUCCCUUAUCCCAUCACACACUACACUCACAGGAAAUCAGGAGCGACCUGCGGAACACACAGAGGGACAUGGCGGCUCGCGUUGAAAUCAUCGGGUGCUUGAUCGUUGUUGCGGUUCUUCUCCAGGGUGCAGCAGCAGCUGAUACACACCAUGUUGGAGGCAAUAUAUCAUGGUCUAUUCCUACUGAAGGCGAGUCUGCAUACACGACCUGGGCUAGUGGAGAGGAUUUCAAGCUUGGCGACACCAUUGUGUUCAAUUGGACUGGAACACACACCGUGGCCAGGGUAUCCAAGGACGUUUAUGAUAACUGCACCACAGCCAAUGUAUUAGACAAUGAUAUCCAAGCAACAAGCCCAGUAAAUUAUACUCUGAAUUCUACAGAGCCUCAGUACUUCAUCUGCACCAUCGGUCGACACUGCUCACUUGGCCAGAAGGUCACCAUCAGCAUCUCAUCUGCCACAUCUCUCACCGUUGGUGCUGUAACCACCAUGCUCUUGGUCAUGGCCAUCUCUUUCUUGACUUCCAUAUAAAUCUCCCACAUUUUCUGUGUUCUGUCUUAGUGUCCUGGUACAGUAGUGGUGAUCAUUCACUUGAAUAAUGUAUCUGUUUUUGGAUUGAAUUAUAACAGUAUUUAGAUUUGUCUACA